AUCCGCUGAAACUACAGUAUUCCUUUCAAUCAUUUCUCGUCUCCUAAAUCUAAACAAACAAUUCCCCAUCUUUUCUCCACCAUGGAAGAAGCCAUGAGAAGGCUCAACGGCGCCCCCGACCCCCCUGCCGCCCCCCCUAAGCGCUGCGCCACCAACAAGCGCUCCCUCAAAGACGGCGCCGCCGCCCCCCCUCCCGCCGGCUCCAUGAGGUACCGCGGCGUCCGGCGCCGCCCCUGGGGCCGCUACGCCGCCGAAAUUCGAGACCCCCAGUCCAAGGAGCGGCGUUGGCUGGGCACCUUCGACACGGCGGAGGAGGCCGCCUGCGCCUACGACUGUGCCGCCCGCGCCAUGCGCGGCGCCAAGGCCCGCACCAACUUCGUCUACCCUACCUCCCCCACCCACCCCGCCGCCGACAAUCUCAUCCCUCCUUUCCACUACUCUAAAUCUCCGCAGCCAUCCAUUCUCGGCGCUCGCCACUUGGCCCCAUCGUCUACCUUCGCAAACCCUAAUCUCGAUCUCACCGGAUCUUCUUUCAGAAGCAACAAUUCCCUUAACAUGCUUCUCCUCCGCGACUACCUCAACACCUCCAAUUCCAAAUAUUCCGACGCUUGCUCCUUCCAUUUCCCAAACGAGCAGAUGCCCCUCAACUUUUUCAGCAACUCUUCCUCCUCUCCUUCUCCUUGUUCGUCGUCAUCGCCUCUGCAGCCCAUCAUUGCUCCCGAAGCCGCCUUCAAGCACAGCGACGACACCGUUCCAACAAGCACCGAUUCAACUGAUUUUUUCGCCAGCGAGAGAUCCGAUUCAGGUUUGUUGCAAGAAGUUAUACACGGCUUCUUCCCCAAAGUGAAGACGGAGCCACCAUCUUCGCCGCCGCCUGUUAUCAAUGAAGCUGGAGCCAAGAAUGAAUUUUUAGGUUUUCCGGUUGAUAACCAAAGGUUUUUCACUCAAUUCAACUCCGGCGGCAACCAUUGUUAUGGAGGCGAAGCGAGCUCCAACAGCAUUUAUUGCAGCGAUUUUCAAGCGGUUUCGAGUGGAAUAUUUGGGGACAUUUUUCACUAUCAAGAAGCUCUAAGUCUUGUUGCAGCCAGAGUGCCCAAUGCUUGAAACUUGUCAAACUAACACAUGUUAAUUACUUUUUGUUAACGAGAAUUAGCAGCCACAUAAUUUAAAUCCCCCUAGUGAUAGUAUUUUCAUGAUUUAUGCUAAUAUUUCAGUCGGUGAAAAGAUAAGAAAAUUAUGUACCCCUGCUUCAAUCAAGUAUGUAAUUUUCUAGUUUAUAUCAUUACUCAUUUGAUCUUUAAUGAAUCCAAC